GCCGCACACCGCCGCCUCCGCAGCAGCAGCAAUGGCGCGCGCCGGCGCUCUCUGCCUGGUGCUGCUCUGCCUCGUGGCCGCGCACUCAGCCGCAGCGCAGAAGUCCACGACAGCCCCGGCCGCCGCGCCGGCCGCCGCCACCACCCCGCCGGCGACCCCGACCAAGAAGUCGCCCGCGCCCGCCGCCGCGCCGCCCACCACCCCAGCCACCCUGGCCCCGGCCGCCGCGCCGCCCACCACGCCGGCCACCCCCGCGCCCGUCGCUGCGGCGCCCACUACCCCGGCCACCCUGGCACCCGCCGCGGCGCCGCCCAAGUCCGCCCCCAAGGCGUCCCCUCCCGCCCCGUCGCCCAAGGCCAAGGCCACCCCGCCGGUGGCCGAGCUGCCGCCCGCCGCCUCGCCUCCCGCCCCCGCCCCCGCCUCCCCGCCCACCAAGCCCGCCGAGGUCCCCGCGCCCGCGCCGUCCAAGAAGAAGAAGAAGCCCUCCUCGUCGUCCAAGAACAAGAAGAAGAAGUCCAAGGCCCCGGCUCCAGCCCCCGUCGCCGAGGCACCCACCAGCACCAAGCGCUCCAAGGCUAAGGCACCUUCGGCCAGCGAAGCCGACGCACCCGGCCCGGUCGGCGAUGGCGUGGCCGCCGACACCGCGGGCGCUGGAAGGACCGUGGCAGGCGGAAUCAUGGCGGCCGCGCUGGGCCUCGUGGCCCUGCUCGCCUAGGCACGGGCGCGCGAGCGGGUGGCGCCUGCACGGCCGCACCGCACCGCCGGGACGGACGACGACAGGAAUUGGUGACGCGGAUGCAGCCGGUGCGCGGCGCCGCGCUGUAUUCUUGGCCGGUGUAGUUGUAGUGCAGUACCACUCACGUUCGGUGGCGGGUGGUACGUGCGGUGCGGACGUACCACCGUCGCCUCGGAUUCUUUCUCUUCUAUCUUCCUUUUGUUUUUUUUU